AUGGCGUCGUUGGUGGCUUUCCGGCAGUUGCGCGACGUGAUCGCCACCCAGGAGGUGUUGGUGGAGAAGCUGAGGCGGCAGAUGGCAAUACUGGAGGAGAAUUCAGUAAGCAGAGUGGAAUAUGAGGCUAUUCUGAAGAAACUAGAGAAGGAAGUGGAAGAACAUGCAAAGACCAAGAGGAAUCUGGCUAAGGAAUCCGAACAGCUGGACUUUGCCCUUGGGGAGAUUGACGUCCUGUCGAAGCAGCUUGAGAGGGAGAAACAAGCCUUUGACAAUGCACUUUCCAGUGUGAAAAGCAAAGUGCUCAAGGAAUCAAUCCAAAAAGACAAGCUGAAAAGCAAAUGUACGGAAAUUGAGAGCCAUAUUCAGAAACAGGAAGACAUUCUAAACUGUAAAGACAACGAGAUAAAGGAGCUGCAGCAUUUCAUCAACAAACAGAAGCAAACCCUAAAGAAACAAGCAUCUGACUUCAAAAUACAGAAACAACAGGAAUAUUAUAUAGCAAAAGCGCUAGGGGGAAAAACAAAGAAGAGUGUUAAAUAACUACUGCAGCAUUCCCUUACAAUCUGUAAAAGACAAGGAUGCAUUCUCAGUCUUCUCACCAAGAAAUUCUAAUGUCUGUAGAUGAAGAGUGCUUUUUAGAAAUUCACCUCCAAAUGAUCAUAUCCAGCGUAUUGCCUAUGGACAACACUCUCUAGAAGCAUCUAGUCUGUCCACACCUGCCUACUAGGUCCCAAUCUUACACUGGGAUGUUUGUGCAUAAGUUAAGGUGGACCUCAGUUGCAGAAUUGGGCUCCUAACAUUGAGACAUUAGCUUUGUCACCUUGAGCGUUUAUAUGGAAGAUGUUCAAAUAAUUCCUAAUAGUGGCUGAGGGAUCCCAGCCGAGAGCUGUGUUGUAAAGUGCCAGUCCAACAUGUCUGUUAGUUUCCGCUCAUCCUCCUCUAGAAAAUGGAAGAGUUGGCCUCAAAAGCACGGAGCAAAGCUUUAGCUGUUGUUAGCAUCAAAUGGAAUCUAUACGCUAAAACUUACAACGAAAUAGUUUUGAGCUAGUUACCUGUGAAUCCACUCACAUCCGCCUUGUGGUGUAUUUGCAAUAGGCAAGAACACUUGUCUCAAAACUGUAAAAAUGGGAGAGCCCACUAAUCUUAAAAACGAUGGAAAUAUUUUCUCCAUGAAAUCACUGAUGCUUUUUGUGUUUUCUCUUUCUUUGGUUGCGAUGCUCCAUUUUUAGCGCUUAAUUCCUAAACAAAAUAUGCCAAGGCUCAAGUCUGUGAUGAACUCCCAUCCUCUGAUUUGGAAGCCCUUCCUCCACAUUCCUGUUUGGAGAUUCUCUGAACUUAUUCAGAGAAAUGCACUUUGCACCAGCCCCAGGAGCCCUUUCAUCCUUUCUUGCUAUUAUGUUUUCCUGACACCCAGUUAUGGUGUCCUAUUGUUUCUGCACCAGCAUGCAAUUAGAUUCUGAAAUUUAUAUCAGGCUUUGCAACUUUCCAUUUUCUGAAAGCGUGGAUCUCGCUACUGCAUGAACGUGAGAUGCUUGCAAAAAUAGAACAAAAUUAAAUACGAUGCCUCUAGCUUACCUCCAGCAGCUGGGUAAGCUAUAAUGCAAGUAGAAAGAGAAGCAAAUCUCAGAUUGCUAAGGCAAGAGUUGAUUGAUUUCUUCCCACCCUCUCUGCUAUUGACCUCUCAUACUUCCUGUUGUCUUUGAACAGCUACGUACAGUUCUUCAGGUAAUGUAGGUUUUAGUUCAUCACACUGUUUCAAGCUCUUACCAGGAUUUUCAGUGUUUAAAAAUUUUUUCAGUCAGCUGCUAACCAUGUAUCUAUAAUUCACAAAUGUAUAAAGUUCCUCCUAACUUUUUCUCUCUAAGUUGGCUUCAUUCUGCACAUUUAUCCGACCAGUGAUUUAGUUAUCUGUGUGGUGUCCUGGCUUAGUGUCCCUUAGUGACUCCUCCCUUGCCACCUUAUCUCCACCACCCAGCUAUUGCCAUGUCUUCUUUUCUACUCUUAGCUUUCUUCCUGAUACAUCUUUUUGCUGAAUCGAUCUAGAAUUGUUCUGCUCUAAUCACCUUUUUCAGUUUCUAAACUAUUUUCUUACCCCUUAAAGCUCUUACUACUUUUUGUACUUCUGGAAUGCGCCCUGGCGUCUUUGAUAUAAACCUCUGUGAUGCAGAAGCUAAAUCCACAGAUACAGCACAAAUGAGAGGAACUUUAUAAAUAAGGUUAUAACAGAGAUGCAGCAAAUGCCCUGGGAGAGACGGCAAGCAGACAUGAGGGCAGCAGCACUACCACUUCAUCUGGUAUAUGGAGGUUCAGCCUCUAAACAUAAAUAUUCCAUUUAGCUAUCAUGUCUCAGAUGUGUGAUUUCAAUGGGUGAAAUUUGAGUCAAGUAGAUAGGAGGAGCUUUGAGAGGCUAGGCAUGCUGGGAGUGGCUAGGCAGAGUGGGUCCCCCCCCCACACACACACAGUUGUAGUUCAUUCUAAAGCACUUUUCAUUUCUAAACUAACGUCUGAUCUACAAAUGAAGCAAAAUGAGAUAGUAGAAUGGGAUGAUAGAAUUCCUGACUGUGCCACAUCAGACCGCAGAUACAUUUUUAAAAUGUUCCCCUGUGUAAAAAUCCCUGAUAGUGAGAUAAGCGAGCACAUAAACAAGAAGUGCUCCCUAAUGUGCUUGUUUACUGUACAGUUGGCGUUUUAUAUAGAAGAGCAUUCAGAAAUUAGAUCCAAUACCUGCACUCUGAAGAACUAUCUCAGAGCUCCAUUGCCUUAUUCUGCUGAAUGUCUAUCGACCAGGGCUGUUUCCACACAGCUUACCUUUUGCUGGAACACAAUGUCUUCAUGUGUGAAAUUGUGCCAGGAAGACACUGUUAUUGCAUGAUUUUGUGCAAGAACACGCUGUGUUCUGGUAAAAGGUAAGCCGUGUGGAAAUGGCCCAGAUGUCAGUAAGGGAGAAAGCAAAGACCCCACAAAUGUUUCUGUCUGCCUUGAGCUCGGCAACAGACUUUUAAGUGUGUGGUUGAAACUCAAAAUUUGCUCUUAAACAUUUUGUUGUUGCUUGUUUGAUUUCUGUAGGUGUGGAGGCAGACCUUCAAGAGGUGCUUGGUCUUAUGCCAUGCCAUCUAAUUUGAAAGUCCUGUGUAUGGAUAAUAAUAUUGUUUAGAGAUGGGGGGAAAUAAUUGUGUUCAGGGAUUCUGUUACUUCAUCUCACCUAUAACUCAUUUGUAGUAACUGACACAGUAACUGGUUGCUCAGUUGGGAGGAAAAGGCACUCUGCAUAACCUUAGAGACACUUUUGCUUCAUAUUUUACAAAAGUUUGCCUUGCUCUGCUUAUUUUUGCAGCUAAGUUCUCCAAAGGGAAAGGGAAUUUGAUACAUCUUAAAACUUACCUGUUUUGUUUUGCCUAGUGAAUAUCCAUUUGUUGCUCAUUUGUUAUCAAUCCCCAUUUAUUCCUUGAAGCUGCUGCUUUUAUGAACAUAUACUACAAGUUUGGUAUUUUGUUGCUGGGAAGGAAAAUGUACUCCAGAACUCAUAUCUAUGGCUGUGCAGUGUCUUCUUAUGUGAGUACUAUGGUGUCUACUGGAAAUUCCUUAUGUAUGACAAGUGAGCUUCCCGUUUUUUAUUGGUUUAUUUAAAGUUGUAUAGAAUGUAGUUUUAUGUUGGCACUGUUCGGAUUUUUCCAAAAACAGUAUCAUUAACCUCUUCCGUGCAACAUUCAAAUGGUAUUUUCUGUUUAUUCCCCUCCCAUGAUAAUAUGAGAUAAAAUAAAGAAUAAGAAAUUUAAAAGAGAAAGA